AGAGCAGAGAGGCACAGUUGAGCCUUCACCGGCCCGGCACACACACACAUUUCCUCUCUCCCUCGCUUUGCUCUCUUUCUCACACACACACACCAACUCUGAGGUGCUCCUGCUCAGUCCCUCCGUGGCUGCGGUGGAGUACAGAGGAGUCAGACAGAGAGAGAGAGAGAAAGAGAGAGAGGAGUAAAGGGAGAGGAUAGGAGGGAGGACAGGCAGCGGCACGGACGUCAGGAGAGGGACGGAGUCACACAGAGAGAGAAAGAAAAGGAGGCAGGGAGAGGAGCGGGAUAGCUGGUGGCUCAGCUCACACUUCAUCCUCACUUUCCCGGGACAGCCAGUGGUUUGAUGUCCAAGGAGGCAGAGUUGGAUGUGAGAAGCAGCGAGCCUGACACGGUCCCCGCAGAGCCCAGCAGAGCCCCGGAGUCACCCCCUCCGGCUCAGGUUAACGAAGCCACCGUCGGUGUGAGGAUCCCCUCCAGAAGUCAGAGUCACCUCAGCAGCAUCGGAGGCAGUGGUGGUGGUCUGGGUGGUGUUAGCAUUGUUAGCAGCAGCAGGAACGCUGAGGGAGCAGGCGAGAGCUCCAUGCAGUUCAGCACCAGACCGCCUAGUGCUGAGCAGCCGGGCUUCAUGGGGACAUGGCAGCAGCAGAGCACUGACAGCAACCUCCUCUACAGAAUGUCCCAGCAGGGUGCAGUAACGCGGCUUCCUUUGAAGGGCGACAGGUCGACAAUGGGCCGAGACCUGGAAGAGGCCAUUCGGUGCACACUGGUGAACUGCACAUGCGAGUGUUUCCAGCCUGGAAAGAUUCACCUACGGACAUGUGACCAGUGCAAGCAUGGCUGGGUAGCUCAUGCUCUAGACAAGCUCAGCACCCAGCACCUCUACCACCCGACCCAGGUGGAGAUCGUCCAGUCCAACGUGGUGUUUGACAUCAGCAGCUUGAUGCUGUACGGCACCCAGGCGGUCCCCGUCAGGCUCAAGAUCCUGCUGGACCGCCUCUUCUCCGUGCUCAAGCAGGAAGAGGUGCUGCACAUCCUGCACGGACUGGGCUGGACCCUCAGAGACUACGUCAGGGGCUACAUACUGCAGGAUGCUGCAGGCAAGGUUUUGGACCGCUGGACCAUCAUGUCCCGUGAAGAAGAGAUCAUCACCCUGCAGCAGUUUCUGCGCUUUGGUGAGACCAAGUCCAUCGUAGAGCUGAUGGCUAUUCAGGAGAAAGAAGGUCAGGCAGUUACAGUUCCCUCGUCAAAGACAGACUCUGGGAUAAGGACAUUCAUUGAAAGUAAUAACAGAACCCGCAGCCCAGGGCUCUUAACACAUCUGGAAAACAGCAGCCCCUCCAGCAUUCAUCAUUUUGAGAAUAUCCCCAACAGCUUAGCCUUCCUUCUACCAUUCCAGUAUAUCAACCCAGUUUCUGCCCCCAUGCUUGGCUUGCCCCCUAAUGGCCUCCCAAUGGAGCAGUCUGCCCUUCGGCUUCGGGAGCCCAGCCUUCCAAACCAGGGAGAUCAUGUGGAGACUAGUGAAUCAGAGGUGUCACUGUCACCUUUCCGCACCGGUCAGAGUCCUAGUCGUGGAGUACUGGGAGCCAUUAACAACACUGAACCCAAGACAGAACCCAACAGCUGUGCAUCACCCAUCUCCCCGACACCAUCCACCCAGCAAGCUCAGCAGCAAACAUCGCUCCAGCAGCCACAGCAACCGCAGCAAGGCCAACAACAGUCCCAAAAUCAGUCCCAACAACCCAACAGUUUGAGCGAACAUCAGGUGCAUCACCACUUUGUUAAGGAUGAGCCCUCUAAAACCAUCAGCCACCCUUCUUUCUCCUCGAAGAUGCAUCGUAUACGCCGCAUGGGAGCUACCUCACGCAAAGGCCGCGUGUGUUGCAAUGCAUGUGGAAAGACCUUUUAUGAUAAAGGCACGCUUAAGAUACACUAUAAUGCUGUACACUUGAAGAUUAAGCACCGUUGCACCAUAGAGGGAUGCAAUAUGGUCUUUAGCUCACUGCGCAGUCGGAACCGCCACAGUGCCAAUCCCAAUCCAAGGUUGCACAUGCCUAUGCUGCGCAAUAACCGUGACAAGGACCUUAUUCGUGCCAAUUCUACCACAGGUACACCUGUCAUCUCAAGCAGCAAGAAUGGUGGCUUUACACUCACCAGCCCUGGAAGGCCACCACUUGGCUUCACUACUCCCCCAGUAGACCCUAUGCUUCAGUCUCCGCUGCAGAGUCCCCUAGUGUUUCCGUCACUGAAGUCAGUGCAGCCAGUCCAACCAGUGCCACCAUUCUACCGAACACUUGUGUCUCCAGCAGACCUCGUCAGCCCUCCAGUGUCACUGCCAACGAGCCCCAUAAUGCCCACCACUACUAACAGCACUACCCUAAUGGACCAGCAACAGCAGAUCUUGGCCGCUGUUGUCUCACAUAAUAAUGUUCAUAUGUCAGAAGCAAGUUCGAUGUCCCAUCGGCUUCACUCUGGGACCAGUCAGGACCUCACUACAAACAGUGACCCCACACCUAAAAAGAAACCUCGUAAAUCUAGCAUGCCAGUUAAGAUUGAGAAGGAAGUGAUUGAUGUUGCAGAUGAUUUUGAGGACAAAGAUGAAGAUGAUGAUGACAGCAUCCACCACAAUCACCAGUCGAGUCUUCUUCACAACAACAUCAAGAUCAACGGCAACUGCAACAACAAUGGUGCAAGUGGCCCUGGACACCACAGCGGUGGCAGUGGCCAGCAAUCCCCCUCCCAGGAUGAGAUGAGCCCUGGCUUAGCCCUUAGAGGUAUGAUGAGGCAAAGUGAGGAUGAAUGUAGGGAGGGAACUGGUAGUGACAGCAGAGGGGGUGCUUCAGAGCUGCGUUGUAUGGACAGCUUUACCUCGGAAGACCAGGAUCAUGAAAGAGACUUUGAGAAUGAGUCUGAAACAUCAGAUUCCAAGAUGUUCUACCGAGAUGAUCUGAUGGACGGGGAAGAACAUCAGAAGCACACUAGGGGAGGAAGGGGUCUGGACAAGGAGCAUGAAAACGAGGCACACGAGGAAGAACACUUGAGGAAAGACAUAGAGGGAAACGGUCAUUCUUCACCAUCACCUCACCAGCCUCCAAUCAAGAUUAAAGAAGAACUCAAUGAUCCGACAUAUGACAUGUUUUGCAUGAGCCAGUAUGGCCUCUAUAACGGGGGCAUGGCAGCAGCAGCUGCUGCCGCCGCAAGCAUGGCUGCUCUACACGAGAGCUUCAUUUCUUCAAUGGGAUACGGUGCCAGCCCACCCAAAUUCCCUACAUCUCAGUCGCCUGAAGGAGACCCAUGUUCCAGUCCAGACCCCAAGAUCUGCUAUGUAUGUAAGAAGAGCUUCAAGAGCUCCUAUAGCAUGAAACUGCACUACAAGAAUGUGCACCUGAAAGAGAUGCAUGUGUGUACUGUGGCAGGCUGCAACGCUGCUUUCCCAUCCCGACGGAGCAGAGACAGGCACAGCUCGAACAUCAACCUGCACCGCAAACUGCUGACCAAAGAGCUGGACGACAUUGUCCUCGACCCUCAACUCACGCCACUGCCCAAGGACCUGCGAGCAGAGUUUCUGGCCAAGCUCUACAGCGGACAUCACAUGGGUUUGGACCCGAUGGCCAGGAUGGGUUUCCGGGGCGCCGGCCUCGGGCUCCCAGGUCUGAACCAUAAUUCCCUCUCCCACAUGAGCAACGAAUAUCCCCGUCAUCCUUUUCACCACGACCUUAGAAACCAUCACUCCAACGGCCUGUUCCGGGGCCAGCCGGACGACUACAUGGUGCUGGACCUGAGCACCACCUCCAGUGUUCAGUCCAGCAGCAGCAUCCACUCCUCACGUGAGUCAGAAGACGGCAGCGACGAAGGCAUCCUGUUGGAUGACCUCGAAGAGGAGGGAGAAGAGGAUGAGGAGGAUGGCAACAGUGAGGGAGAGGACCUCUCCCGGCGUGGGGAGAGGCGAGCUGAAGGGGGACAUCGGGAUGAGACUGGAGAAUUCAAAGAAGGACCAGAUGAGGGCUUGGACUCUACCUCAUCGACAUUCCUUCUAUCGUCCACUGGGGGCAGUAAUGGCAGCAGCGGUGGGAUCCUCUGUAACAUCUGCCACAAAGUAUACAGCAACAAAGGGACCCUGCGCGUGCACUAUAAGACUGUGCACCUGCGCGAGAUGCACAAGUGCAAAAUCCCCGGCUGCAACAUGGUGUUCAGCUCCGUGCGAAGCCGGAACCGACACUCUCAGAACCCAAACCUCCAUAAAAACAUGCCCUUCUCUACGAUAUUAGACUAAACCAAGACUUCUCAGCCCUCCCGUCUCCUCCGUUCCCUCAUCCUUGUCUCCUGCCCCGUCCUAUGUAAGUCACUCCAUGUAAAAAACAAAAAAAAACAAUUGACUCUAGAUGAAGUUUAUCAUUGUGUCUUUUGACUUUUCCUUCUUUGGAAGAAAAGGCUGAUGCCAACAGGCACGAAGUUUGCUUCAAAAUGAAAACUCUAGGUAAUUUUACUCAUUAGGCCCUCCACCUUUUUUUUUCUAUCUUCAACUCUCUUUGUGUUUACGUCCAUGUCCAAAGAAUCUGUUAAAACUCUUUAUUUGUGACUUUUGCCUGCGGAAACAAUAGUACUAAAAAAAAAGAGAAAAACUUCUUGUUGUAUUUGUGUAACAAUAACUUUUAAAUGGACCCCUUACAAAAGCAUGACAGCUCCAUUUGUAAAUAAUGUCCCCAGAGGCUUUUUUUUUUGUUUUUUUUGUUGUGUUGAUGGUUGUUUGCCUACUUUUCCUCUCUUUAUUGGAUUUAUGUUACAGUACAGUACAAUACUUCCAUCUAUAGGCAAGAAAGAGGUAGCAUCCUUCAAGUGUGACUCAUUUAUGUUCAUUUUUAACUGAUUCACGGGGAAAAAAGAAAAAAACAAGAUCAUGUGAAUUGUAUCAACUGCUUGUUAGAUGUUCGGAGGUUACCGGCAUGCUUUUUAUUUUAAGCUCUUACACUGAUUUCAUUCUCCGUAUUUUAUGUUUUUUCUUCUUUUUUUUUUGCUUUACUAAUCCGUUUCAGUUUUUGCACUUUGCAUCUAUAAAAGGGGGAUGUGUAAUAUUGUUAUAAGGAUAUCUGCAAUGUUGGAUUUGGGUGAUCGGGGAGGGUGAGCGGUGGCUUCAUUGCUGAGAGAAGCAAACUUUUUCUUUUUGCAUGUGCUCAGUUUCAAAGCCUCUAAUUGAAAACCAGAAAUAUUUCUUUAUUCCUCCAUCACGUAUUCUAAGAAAAUCCAGAUCUUAACUAAAUUGUUUGUCCUUUUAACUAAAACGGAGUUAACUGGAAGGGGUUGGUAUCUUGUUUGAGAACUAAUUGAUGUUUGUCUUAGUGAAGGCAUCUUUAAAAAUAUGAGCACUUCACGGGUUUAAUAGAGAGAAGAAUCCCUCCUCAACUGUGACCAAAAUGCAUGAGUUUCCUUAAAAAAAAACCCAUCAGCAUUGUCUCUGAAUCUUGAACCAAUAUAACCAAUAUGAUGCACUUGAGUCUUAAAACAUCAACUGUGAUUUUCUGCUGCAGGUUUUCACUGCUGAGCCCCACCCUCACAUAUAUUCUGCCAAAUUUCUUGCAAUUUUCCCUCUUUUGGUUGCAAAGAAUCACUCACGGUACAUAUGUUUUUAUUGAUUAGAGAAGUAGCCGAGGGAAAGGGUAUUUAUUAGUGGGUGAUGUAUCUUCACAAAAAUGUUCUCGUCCAGUAAAAGGAUUUUUUUUAAAUAAAAAGACAAAAAAGACUCAUAUGUCUUUUUACUCUACAAGAUCCAUUCUUAGUGGACUGGUGCUACACACAGCAGUGGGAAAUACGCAGCCUUAUGCAGUACAGUAUUAACACCUUACAUCCAUAACAGUGUUGAAUUCCACUUUUCUACACUUUAGCCAUCCUGCUGCACAGACAUAACCGCUUCCAGUGAAAUAUCUCCUGUUUUUUGAAGACUCCACCUACAGGACACAUGUGGUCUUUCUGAGCCCUCUUUUCUCUGAGAUAAAGAGGAGCUGAGGAUGAUGGAAAGGCUGCGGAGGUGGAAGGCUGACUAGGGAGGAAAGGAUGACAGCAGCGAUCAUUAAAAAUGUGCUGCUUCCCUGUUACCUGGAGGCAUCCCGCCAUUCCGGCUUCCUCUGUCUAAUAACUCACUUGUCACUUUGUUACACUGCCAGACGUCAAGGUUGCUGACAAGACUGUGACACUGACAGAAGGAGAAAAGCCAGGGAAGAGAGUGCCCGCCAAACAAUUUAAUUCCGCGCCGUCAAUUAAGUGGAAUUCAGUUCAUCUCUUCAUUUUCUGUACGCUUACUCUCCUUUAGGGUCUGUAUUAAUUUAUUUCAGUUCUUUUCCCUUCCCCUUUGUCCGUCAGAGCAGUCAUUUAACUACCUUUGUACCCAUUUCUUCAUCCUGCUACUCACUUACCACCUCCACAUGCUGCAAUGCAAAUCCUACAGGGACACACGCUAAUAGUGUAUGCUUAAGUUCACCGGACGGCCAUGGCAUAGCAAAAAGGGAUGGGUAAUUGCCUGUUUAUCCCAAGUGAAGGGAAAAUUGAGUACAGGAACCUCUGCCUUCUCCCAGGAGUGAGCUUCAGUGAGGCUAGCUGCCUCGUUCACUCAUCGGAUCCCUUCGGCCUUCGCUCCAGCUGAAAUAGAAAAAGUGCCUCUGCAGGAACCCUGCUGACAGCUGUCUCUUCAGCACAGAAACACUUGGAUAGGCAGACGUGCAGAAGAAUGACCGUCCCUAGACAAUAUGCUAAACUGUAGUUGGAGGAAAGACAAAUGUUCUCGUCAUUGUUUUCAGUAAUAAUGUCACAUUGAAAAGCUGAGUUUCCAUCACAGAAAAGCAGCAAAGCCAGAAAUAAAUCAGUCAUAAAAACAGGAUAGGAAAUGUUUUACCUUUAAACCUUUAUAAAGUGUUUCACGCUCACAUUUUUCUUCUAAAGAGAAAAAUCAAUAUUUUCCGAGGAUUUUUGAAGUGAGGUUUUACAGUCCCCUGCUAAGCCAACUUUAAAACGCCAAAAAAGAGUUUAAAGGGAUACAGUUCAUGUUAAACCAAAUGUAGUAGUUUAGAUUUCUAACUCAAAAUCAUCGGAUCAGCUCCAAGCAUUUGCAGAAAAACUCCUUUGAUUAGUAAAACACUGAUGCUAAUGUUAGCAUCAUUAGCAGCUAACGGUUAGAGAGUCGUAGUAUUUCCCAGCCUUCAAAUUCUUCGACCGGAGUCUCUGCUCACUUUAUUUGAUUCAGAUAUCCAAAAAGCAGCUUUACAGUUUAGAGGUAACCAUGUGCUGAUCAGGAGGGAGCUGCCGCCAUUAAUAGCUACAUCAGGAUAAAGCCGUUAGUGCACUGUACAAUUUUUUGCCCUUUUUGGGCCAACUAUCCAGUCGUGCGAGAAUUUUUCAAUCGGGCCGACUUUAACCCUGAUCUUGCCACAUGUAGAGUACAGGGGGUAACGAGAGGCAAUCAGCCUCCCAAUGACCUCCCGAUCAGGAAUCGUAAGGUGUUUGAAAUUCAGUUGGCCGUCGUAAGGUGGUCGUGGACAAAUCACUCAGUGCGCAAACGAGGAUUCUUCCUCUUACUCGUAGAUGAAAACACAGAAGCAUGGCGGGAUGCAAGUGAAAUGGAGUUCUUUCUAUAAAAUUGACCAACCGUAGUAGUUACAUUUGCUCAGCCAUGUAUUUUUUCCA